GUUCUCUGUAUUUUUUAAACAUUUUCCAAAAUUAACAAUAAAAAAUGUAAUGCUAAUACCUCGUAGAAUUAGUGAUAAAAAAUGCAGGUUCACCGCGAAGAAAAUUACCUUCCUAGAAUAUCAGCGUAUAAAGAGGUCAGAAUUGACCAAAAAUAUAACAGAAAGGAAGCGAUUAGGCUCAAUUCUUUUUUUACCAGAAGUUUCCGAUGAACUCAAUUACUUAUCGCAUGAAUCAGUCCAGAGAAUAUUACACCAGGGAAGUCUAUUUCAUUCUGUAACAACUAAAUUAAACGGAGUCGAUACUCUUCCAAACAACCAUGUAAAUUUUAACCAACUUCUUGGGACUAUAGAGAAUCCCACUAAAAUUGAUGAUGGUCAAGAUUCGUUGCACGAUCUACUGUACGGCAGGAUAUUUAAUGUUCGUUGUCUAAAUAACCACGACUUGUGCCUGUUGCUGACUUAUUUAGUUGAUGUAUCUGAGUUUUCUGACAUUGACUCAUCACUAUUACUCAGGGUUCUAACUCAAAUCAACUUCACAUUCGAAACACUAUCGAUUUCAGAAAUAUCUCACAUCCUGUACUGCAUAACAAAAUUGGAGGAUUUAAAAACUAAUUUUGCUCCUUUCACAGAAAUAACUCUUCAAAUAUCAUCGAACACAUUAAAAUUUCUUUCCACUCCUGAGUCGGUAAAUGACCUUAACUUUAACUCACCUUCGAGCAUUUCUAAGUUACUCUACUCACUUACAUUUUCAAAAUCGUUAAGUGUUUUUUACACAUCAAAUUUUAAGUUAAUGUCCGAAGAGCUCUUGAGUGUGUAUUUAAAGGCCUAUGAAACUGGGCCCAUUCAUUCCAGAACAGACUCUAGGGAUUUCAGUUUAAUCUGUAAAUCUAUGGUCAAGUUAAAACUGUGUAACUAUGAGUUAUUGUCUUUAUUUUCUGAUUACUACCACCAUCAAUUGGAAGCAUUCAAUUCUAUUAUUUCAGAAUUUGACAAAUCCCUGGAAUUAUCUGGUCUGGAAAAUGUCUCCACUAACCUAAACCACAACAUGGAAAAGUUAAAUUUUUUGGAACGAGUUGAUGAAAAGAUAAAUCUAGGCCACUUGUUUGAUUUAUUGGAUGCCAGUGAAUAUUUCGGAUUUAAUCACAGGAAACUGCUUGAGGCAUUGAAUGAAUAUAUCUCAUCAUACCUCAGACUAUUUCUUACUGACUGUACAUUUAUAAAAAACUAUUUUAAUAUUUACACAAUUAACAGGAAUGCAAGGAGGAAUAAGCUAGUAAGUUUACUUAAAAAUAAUAAUUAUUUUAAAAAUAAUAAAUUAAACCUCCAAAAAAUAUACUCUGAAGUACCUAAAGUUGACCAGACUAAUCAGUUUUUGGACCCUGAAAUCAUAAGUAGAAUGCAAAAAUACGUCAGCAAAAGGUUCUUAUUCCAGAAAUUUGUGGAAGAAGCGUCUAAAUAUGUUGAGGUAAAACUUCCUGAAGAAAGUAUCCAAGGUUCUAAUUGUCCGGAUGGCAGUUAUGAUGAGCCAGAGUUAAUUGAGAAGUUUAUGGAGUCUACAAAACAACUUCCUAGGGUGUUAAAUUUUAACAAUAUUUGGAAAGUUUUGAAGCUUAUCAACGUAGAAAAGAGAACUUUCAUUAUACCCAUGGCAUAUAGUUACUUACAGGAAUCAAGUAUAAUAUUUGAAGAAUUAGAGGGACCCUCUGAGGACCUGUUUGGGAUAUUCAGGAAUAUUUUGGAGAAUAAAUGCCAGAACCACCUGGUGGUCAUUGAUAAUUUUUCUAAAAUAGUGCAAAUGUUCAUAGAAGCUGAUCUUAAGAGAGAUUAUGUAGGACUAGUUAUGUUUUCAAACAUGUUUAAAAUACUUAAUGAAAGUUAUAAAAUAACGCCUGAACAAUUUGAGGAUUUGAAUCAGUGCGGAAGUAUUUCAUUUCUUAGGGAAAUUUUAGAAGAUUAUUUUAAAAGUUAUAAGAAACGGAAAAUAUUAGAGUUUAGUGAGAUUCCAGAGAGGAAGGAAUUGGAAUCAAUGUUUGAAUACCUAACAAAGGGACAAGUAUUAGGAGAUGGAGAAAAAUGUGCAGAAGUGGAGGUUGGUAAAAUGAUGGAAAAUAUGAUUUAUGUUCUGGAUAGUUUAGGAGAUCUGGAUGAAAACGUGAAGAAGGUGGUAGAUUUAAACGAAGAUGUGUUCAAGUUUGUAAUAUAUAACGGGUUCAUGGCCCAAAUGGCCAAAUGAAAUUAAUUUUAUUAUAAAAUUU